AUGAGCUGGCUGCUGCUCGUCGAGACAUUUGCUGAGCUGCGUGAACAGGUCGCUUCGCUAGUCGACCAGACUGGUUCGUUGAAACGGGACCACUCGAGAGUGUUCUUGGCUCUCGACCGUGGAGGUGUUCUUCGCCUCUCGAUAUGGGCUCGUACUGAUAGUACGGGCGGAGACGUCCAAGAUGAAACGUAG